UGAGAAAAUUUUGACACAAAUAAAUGUGGAGACUGAGUUGUUUGGUCAAUUAGUUAAUCAGCACGUACACCAGAGACAAUUUGUUGCAACAUUGACACGAUUAUGUGAUCUAGAGAUAAUAACAUAUGUACCGUCUACCGUGGUUUUCGUGGGAUAAUAUAAUUGAGUCCGUUCAAUCCGUUGAGGAGGCCUCGUGGUUAUCUAUUUUUUUCACGUUUCUCGCGUAGUGGUUAGUGCCCACCUCGCAGCCGUGGACUCCUGUUACCGAAUUCUUUGGCGAUCUGGCGCUGAUUUCUUGGCGCGGCCACCAAAAACUUCUCGCGCGCCGACGCACCACGCACCAAAUCAGGUCCUAAACUAACCGCCAUAGUCUCCUGGUCCUCUUUGAAAACAAACACAUCCUCGUUCUCCAAACCAAUCUAGCUCGAGGGGUGCCCGGUGUCCCUCUGCUUCCACUCCGACAGGUGGUCAGGAGUUCCUCUGCUUCCUCUGCGAUGGCCGAUCAAUCGGCACGCAGCGAUCACAGUGGGGCGCCACGCAAUGUAGAUGUCGACCGUAGUUGGAUGUACAAAGAGAGACGAGGGAAGUUGAUCAGUGAUGCUUGGCAACAUGGAGUAGAUAAUUUUCUAGAUCAUGCAUUCUCAUUGCCCGAUGCUGCUGCAGACGGGAAAUCCCGUUGUCCUUGCAGCAAGUGCUUUUGCGGUCAUAAGUGCACAAGGGAUGUCAUGACCACACACUUGUGCAGCAAUGGGUUCAUGUUAGGAUAUGAGAGAUGGACUAGCCACGGGGAGUCUGAUGCACCUGAAAAUGUAGAGCAUGAUAACGUGGGGGAUGGAGAUAGAAUGAAUGACAUGCUAGUUGAUGCAAUUGUUGCUGAAGGAGUUUCUAAAGGUGAUGAGCCAACAAAAGCUGCUAAAAAAUUCUAUGAAAUGUUGAUGGAAGCCGACAAACCUUUGCAUGAGAAGACCACACAAUCACGUCUAUCCAUUGUAGGAAGGCUAAUGACUAUUAAAACACAACAUAAUCUGUCAGAAGCUUGUUACAAUGAAAUGAUGACUCUUAUACAUGACAUUGUUGGGGAUGAUGCUGCAAAAGAUCUCCCAGCAAACUUCCAUAGGUCCAAGAAGCUUGUGCAUAGUCUAGCAAUGCCUUACGUCAAAAUUCAUGCAUGCCCCAAUAAUUGUAUGAUUUAUUAUAAGGAGAAUGAAAAUAAAGAAAAAUGCACUAUCUGCAAAGAACCUAGAUAUGAGGAAACAACCGCAGGAAAUAAAUCUACGAAGAUACCAAGAAAAGUUCUGCGCUAUCUCCCAAUUACUCCUAGGCUACAACGGUUGUACAUGUCACAAAGCACUGCCAAGCACAUGGACUAUCACGCAAGGCCUCAUAACAGUGAUGAAGUAAUGGUUCACCCUUCUCAUGGUGAAGCUUGGAAGGAAUUUAAUAAGGAAUUUAAAAAAUUUGCUGAGGAAGUAAGGAAUAUAAGGCUAUGUCUAGCAACUAACGGAUUCACACCUUUUGGUAUUACAGCAGCCUCCUACUCAUGUUGGCCAGUAUUUGUUGUGCCUUAUAAUCUUCCACCAGAAAUGUGCAUGAAGCAGAGUAACCUGAUCCUUGCACUAGUUAUUCCCGGUCCAGAUCAUCCAGGAAAGAACCUAAAUGUUUUUAUGCAGCCUCUAGUUGACGAACUUGAUGAUUUGUGGAGAAAUGGUGUAGAAACUAUGAUAGUUAUCGAAAGCAAAAUUUCACCUUAAAGGCAGCUUUGCUUUGGACUAUUCAUGACUUUCCAGCUUAUGGAUUAGUAGCAUGCUGGAGCACUCAUGGAAAGCUUGCUUGCCCUAUAUGUGGAUCUGACAUAAAGACAUUCUCAUUGAAGAAUGGGAGAAAACCAUGCUGGUUUGACUGCCAUAGGAGAUUCCUUCCCACUGACCAUGCAUUUCGUAGGAGUGUGAAAUGUUUUCGCAAGAAAAAAACAGUUUUAGAUCCUCCACCAAAGCCCUUGUCCGGAGAACAGGUGUAUGAAGAACUCCAAAGUCUUGUCCAUGAUGAAACUGGCAAGAGUAAAUUUGAGGGGUUUGGGAAGGAGCACAAUUGGAUAGCUAUAAGUGGUUUGUGGCAGCUAGAGUAUUUUCGGAAGUUGCUGCUUCGCCAUAACAUUGAUGUAAUGCACAAUGAGAAAAAUGUAUCUGAGGCUUUACUAAACACAUGCCUUGAUAUUCCUGAGAAAACUAAGGAUAGCAACAAAGCACGCCUUGAUGUUGCUUUGUAUUGUGAUCGACCAAAGCUACACCUGAACAAGAAUUCAAGGGGUGUGUGGAAGAAACCUAGAGCGAAAUAUUGUGUCAGCAAGGAAGAUAGAAUGACCAUCCUUAAGUGGUUUAAAGAAGUGAAGUUUUCUGAUAGGUUUGCUGCUAAUUUGAGUAAAACUGUCAACUUGAGUAAAAACAAAUUCAUUGGGCUGAAAAGCCAUGACCACCACAUCAUCAUGGAGGGUUGUUUACACUAUUCAGCCAAGUACCAGCUUGAGUAACUUUGAUGACUGCGCAAAUGACCCAUCU